AUGUACAUGGUUGCUGUAUUUUCUAUAAUCCAAGGAAACUUUAUUAGGCUUUACAUUGAUGGAAACGGUGGUGCAGCCAUAGGAAUAUGUAGAACACACGAACAAUACAACACUUAUCAACAAGACAUUCUUCUCGCUGCACAUGUGCUUCUCAUGGUGUACACACGCAUACUUCCCCCUACCUCAUGA